AUGGGAAGAGCACUUAUAGGAGAAUACAGUAUAAAGAACAAACCAUUCAGUAUAAGAAUUAAUACAAUGGGGGUAAUAGAAAGGUAUAGACGGUUUAUAAGUAUAUACAAGAAUAAUAGAAUCAUAUCAAAGAAUGUUGAAUUUAUAGUUAGUUAUAUAUUCAAUGAUAAUGUGGAUGUAGACAGUGAUGAAAAUCUGACAGAUACUGAAUUUAAAUGCAUAUUAGCAAUGGUAAUGUAUGGAAUUCAGGUUAGCAUAAAUGCCAUACAAACCCAGAAUAUUAACAGGCUGAAAAUGCACCUUGCUAAGAUGUCACCCGAUGCAGUAGAACUCAUUAAAACAAACUUACUAGAAGAAAGUGAAGGAGUAGAGACACUAAAAACCGCAUUGGAUGAGACAAUUAAGACAUACCUUUAUAAUAUGGAUAGGUUCAGUGUGGACAAUGAGGAAGAGACUAACUUAGACUGCUUUUAUAGGCAUAUGGAUGAAUUUAAUCAUUGUAAAACAUUUAGCUGUGGAGAAUAUGUGCAAAAUGAUUUAGUCCAAAUUCAUUAUAAUGCACUUGCUAUAAGGAGUGUGUUUAACAGCAAUUUAAAGAGUGAAGGAGGUCUUUAUACUCUGAGUGAUUUAUACACAAAACAGAAGAAUGGGAAGUAUUUAAUUGAUUAUGGACUAAAGUGCAUUUACAGGAACAUACAUUUAUUAAAGGGAGUCGCAGCUGGACUGAAAAGAAUAAAGGAUGAAGAGACUUCUAAAGAAGAAAAAAUACAAAGUAUUGAAAGACUUAUGACAUUAGAUGAUUUAAGAAUACUUAGAAGUAUCUGCACAUACCGUGAUCAAAUAUUAACUGAAAGAAAGUUUAUGCGAUACCUAUUGGAGAUAGAUAACUUACUAAAGCAAAAAAUUGAUUCUGAUGGAAUUGUAUCUGGUGAGGAUGGAGUAGACUUGUACCAUGAAAUGCGAGAAAUGGCAGUUGAACCAAAAGUGUUGAAAUAUAUUAUAAAGCAGACUAUACUGUCCUAUGCUAGAACGUAUAUAAAUAAUGCUUUACAUAAAUAUACAACAGAAACUAAAGAGACUUCUAAAGAAGACCGAUAUAAUUGUGUUAGACCAGGCGUAUACACAGUUUAA